AUGGCCACCCUCCGCGGCUACCGCAGGAAGCUCGAGGCCGAAGAGGCCUACCGCGGCUCGAGGGGCUCGCACUCCCCGUCGCCCUCGCCGAUGACGGGCACGACCGCGCGCCCACUCGCGGGGACGCGCAGGCUCGCCCGCGCCGCCGUGGGCCUCCACGCGCGCACGGGCUCGGGCUCUGGGCAGCUCACGCCGUCCUCGGGACCGGGCACGCCUGCGUCCGUCGCCGCCGCGCCGCCGGCAGGCCCCGCGUCCUACUACCACCCGGACGGCUUCCCGCACGUUGAUGAGGACGCGAUGGCGACGGAUGCGGGCGCGGAAGCGGCGGGCCCGUGGAUUCAUCUGCCAGCUGCUGCCGCGAUUCCGUCGAGCGAGGCGGACAUCGCGGUCGGAAGCGCGACCACGAGCACGCCACCGCGGAAGCGCGCGCGCCGGUGGACGUUGCAGCAGGACGAGGACAUGGCCAUGACCGAUCACCCGGGCGCGGCGCCGGCGUGGAUGGACCUCGAAGUCGCGGUGCCGCCUCCCGUGGCCAGCACCCCCAUGUCUGUGCUAGCACCAGCCGCGAUGGCGGGGUGCGCGGGGUGCGCCCCGUGGCGCGCGUCCUCGUCGUGUACACACGCGACCCUGCGCAUGCUCUGCGCGACGUGCGGUGCCGAGGUGUGGGUCGCGCCGGACGAGCUCGAACGACUCUCAGGUCCGCACCUCCCGUUCUACAGCCGCUGUGCGCAGGAACAUUACUUGCUGACUGCGGCCCGUGUGCUUGAAGCGUCGACAACGUCGACACAGGCGCAGUGGCCCGGAGGCGACGCCGACAUCAGCGUGCCGACACCGGUGCCGACCCUUCCAGGACUGGAAUGGUUACGGAGCGUUGAGGAUGUGGACGGCCACGAGCCUCUUGACGGUCUCUACUUGGAGGUAGCGAGGCAAUGA